GUGCCUGAUAUGCUGCAUGGCCAGUCCAGCCUUGCUAUCAUAUAACAUACAAACAACUCGCAAUAGAAAUCUAGUAUUUCAAUUUCUAUGUAUUUUCUGUCUGCAUUGUCGACUGCCUUGUCCAUCCAUCCACUUUCUGUUCCCGCUUGUUCUAUUCAGGGUCACAGGGGUCAGAGCCUAUCCCAGAAGCUAAACAUUGCCUUUAAUUAAAAACCUAAUUAUCACACUGAUGUCAAGAUAUACUCUAAUUAUUAUGAAGAGUUGGAAUUAUUAGGUAGAUAUUUAAGGUAUAUGACAACUACAGUGGGGUCACCAUGUCUACAGAAAGACCUUGAGACUGGAUCCAGGAGAAAGUGGAACAGAAAAUGGUACCAAAAGGGGAUAGUUUUCAUGUGCUCCUGUGGAUCCUUUCAGAUCUUUUCAGAUCUUUCCGUGUCUGAGGUCCGGCCACAAUGAGGGUCCUGUUGCUCUUCGCUGCUUGCAUCUUCUCUCUGGCCCCCCCACUUGAUGUGAGGGCCACGGGGCUUCCUGGUGACGCUCUCAGAAGGCUGUCGCAGAUCGGCGAGAAAUACGUGGGCGAGGAGAUGAAGAGGGCACUGUUCGGUGUGAAGAACAUGAAGGAGGUCAUGGAGAACAACUACGAUAAACACAGGCAUCUCAUGAAGUCCCUGAGGCAUAGCAUUGAUAAGAAGAAGGAGGUGGAUCAGCUUGCCAAGGAGGCGGAGCAGAAGCUGAGGGAGGCAGAGCAGCAGUGUCAGAAGUCCUCGAAGACCUCCUGGGAGAAGUGCCAGCCUUGCCUGGAGGACACUUGCAAGACCUUCUACACAUCCACCUGCCGUCGGGGAUUCUCCUCCUUCUCAUUCAAGGUCGAGGAGUUCUUCCGCAGGAUGUCCUCCCAGUUUCUGUCCUUUGACAGCCAAGAUGAGCUAGGUCAGCAGAGCUCAGAGAGCCCAGACGGGGACCUACAGUGGGUGGAGGACUCUUUCACAAGCCUGCAAAACAAGGUCUAUGACCUCUACGACAAGGCUGCCAUACUGGUCUCCAGCAUGAGCAAGGAGCUUGAUACUGCCUUCCAGACCACCUUUGCUGCCAACUCCACUUCCAGACUCCUCUCUCCAGACCAGGCCGUCCUAGAACCUGGGUUCUUCCAUGGCAUCAGGCUGGAUGACGUGCUGGAAUCCAUCUUCGACUUCAGCAGGAGUGUCAUCGAGGAGUUCAGCUCCGUGAUCACCGACAUCUUUGACCAGACGCCACGAGACUCUGAGAGGGACUCGGAGCAGCAGACAGGAACAGAGAUGCUCCCAAGCCGGGCUCCUUCUCAGAGUAGACAGCUCUGCAGGGAUCUGCGCAGACAGAGCUCCGAAUGCUGGCAGCUGCAGGACCACUGUGAGUCCUGCCAGGGGGCACUGUCUCAUGAGUGCCCGAGCGUGAGGCAACUGUCCGCGGAACUGAACGAGAUAUCCCGGCUGCUCAGCGAGUCCCGGCAGCAGUACGAGGAGGUGCUGCAGGUGGUGCAGCGGCACGCGGACGACACCCUCACCUGGCUCACCCACAUGGCUGCCAGGUUCGGCUGGGUGGCCGAGCUAGUCAACGGAACCAACGCCGACCAGGACAUUUUCACCAUUGCCGCUGUGGUACCACACAACGAGGAUGUAGGCAAUGGCACAGCCUUGGACACCACGGUGGAGCUGAACAUCCUGAGCUCACCCAAGCUCACCCUCCACGUCCCAGCAGAGCUACAGGUUGAAGAGCCUGCCUUCAUUCAGUACGUGGCCAAGGUGGCCCUGGAUCGAUACAAGACGGUGAGCAACUCUCUGGCCUGAGAAGACGAACGAAGAACGAUGCUUUUAGUUUCACCGUCACCCCAUGUAGCACUAAGAUGAUUUAAAAACCUAUUUUAGCAAGUGAAAAUGUACCUUAUGUGCAUGAUCAUCUCGAAGUGACGAACAGGCAAGAAACUGGGAUUCGUCGGAAAAUUACAGUUGCAAUAAUUUCUACUAAUAUGUUAUCAUAUAUAAUUAAAAGUAAGACAUUGUGU